AUGUACAAUAACGGUGAAAUCUUGUUUUCUGAAAAUCAAUGCGACAUCAGUAAGGAGUUGAUCUGUAGCGGCGAGUAUGGACAUGGCUUGGAUCAGUCAACUGUUCAUGAGUUGCAACUAUUGGAUAUUUCAAUAGUGAAGACUCUUGAGCAGUUGGCUGGAACAGCCAUGCCUGCUCUACCCGCUGCAGACAACUCCUGUACGCCAAUAUUGCCUACAGCUACAGCAUCAUCCUCUGUAACAUCAACAGAUACAACAACAGCCACGGUAGCAGUAAUUACCACCAAAACCAACAAAAGGAAAGCAUCUUCUUCUGUUUCCUUGGAAACCGAACAAAAGAAAAAACAAAAAAAAGAAUUUGCUUGUCCGUUUUGCAACUUUUUGAGUAAUCGCAAAUACAAUUUGCAAACUCACAUUGUAUUACAUGAUCCCAAUCGUGUAAAAAAAUAUCCUUGUGCCGAAUGUGAUCGCGGUUUCGACCGCAAAUCAGAUCUCAAGCGACAUAACACAAAUGUCCACAAAAAAUAA